AUGGCUCCGGGCGUUCUUGAGCCAGCCGGCAGCGCGGAGAACGUCAUCUCGCUCACCUCACUGACCGAAAGCUACGACGACACACUCCGUUUCUACCUCAAUGGGACGAGGGUCGAGCUGGAUGCGGUGGACCCAGAACUCACCUUGUUGGAGUAUCUAAGAGGCAUCGGCUUGACGGGCACAAAGCUGGGAUGCGCAGAAGGUGGAUGUGGUGCGUGUACGGUGGUGGUCUCACAACUGAACCCGACCACCAAGAAAAUAUACCAUGCCUCAGUCAACGCUUGUCUGGCUCCCCUGGCCAGCGUCGAUGGCAAGCAUGUGGUUACUAUCGAGGGCAUUGGCAAUUCCAAGAACCCUCAUCCCGCACAGCAGCGGAUCGCCAUGGCAAGUGGGAGCCAGUGCGGCUUUUGCACACCGGGUAUAGUCAUGAGCUUGUAUGCUCUACUGAGAAAUAAUGGUCCUGGGGCAUCAGAGAUCGAGGUCGAGGAAAACUUCGAUGGCAACCUGUGCCGAUGCACGGGCUACCGACCGAUCCUCGACGCAGCUCAGAGCUUCAACAAGUCUUGUGGCAAGUCGAUUGCCAACGGCGGUUCUGGCUGCUGCAUGGACAAGGGGGGUUCCUGCAACGGUGCCACAAAUGGCGCCAGCGACGUGGACGCUCCUGAGAAGAAGUAUACUCCGCCAUCUUUCAUUCACUACGAUCCGUCAACAGAGUUGAUUUAUCCUCCUGCACUAAGGAAGCAUGAGCUCAGGCCGCUCGCGUUUGGGAACAAGAGGAAGAAGUGGUACAGGCCCGUUACUCUUGAGCAGCUGCUGGAGAUCAAGAACGCUCACCCAGCUGCUAAGUUGAUUGGUGGUAGCACUGAGACCCAGAUCGAGAUCAAGUUCAAGGCAGCCCAAUACUCGGCCUCAGUAUAUGUAGGCGAUAUUGCCGAACUUCGACAGUACUCGUUCCAUGAUGACUACCUGGAGAUUGGUGGCAAUGUCGCCUUGACAGAUCUCGAAGACAUCUGUGACGAGGCUGUCAAACACUACGGCGAGGCCAAAGCACAACCAUUUAAAGCCAUCAAGAAAGCUAUCAGGUACUUCGCAGGUCGACAAAUCCGAAACGUUGGCACUCCCGCGGGCAACUUGGCAACAGCUUCUCCCAUCUCCGAUCUGAAUCCAGUCUUCGUCGCCACAAACUCGAUUAUGAUUGCCAAGUCCCUCAAGAAGACUACAGAGAUACCUAUGGGCAGCUUCUUUAAGCGCUACCGAGUGACCGCUUUGCCUGAAGAUGCUGUAAUCGCAGCGAUGAGAGUCCCCAUCACCGCUGAGAAAGGAGAAUACGUCAGAUCGUACAAGCAGGCGAAGCGGAAAGACGACGAUAUCGCUAUUGUCAAUGCUUGCCUGCGAGUCGCGCUGGACGACAACUACAAGGUCAAGAACGCCAACCUGGUCUACGGAGGAAUGGCUCCUAUCACCAUUGAAGCUAAACAAGCGUCUGAAUACAUCGUGGGAAAGACCUUCACAGAUCCACAGACACUAGAGGGAGUAAUGAGUGCCUUGGAACACGACUUCAACCUUCCAUUCGGCGUGCCCGGAGGAAUGGCCUGGUACAGGAAAUCCUUGGCUUUGGGAUUCUUCUACCGCUUUUACCAAGAAGUCCUUGUUCAGAUCGAAGAAGCGAGCAAGGAAGCAGAUACAGAAGUAGUCGGAGAGAUUGAGCGAGAAAUCUCAAAAGGCCACAAAGACCACGAUGCUUCUGUCGCUUACUCGCAGAAGGUUCUUGGGAAGGAACACCCGCAUCUGGCGGCACUGAAGCAGUGCACCGGAGAAGCCCAGUAUACGGACGAUAUCCCUACACAGAAGAACGAGCUUAUCGGCUGCCUCGUUCUAUCGACCAAGUCACAUGCGAAGCUGAUCAGCGUUGACGCCAGCCCGGCGCUCCAACUCCCAGGUGUCGCCGCCUGGGUUGACAGGCACGAUUUCCCGAAUCCCAAGGGAAACUGGUGGGGUGCGCCUGUGUGCGACGAGGUCUUCUUUGCCGAGGACGAAGUCUUCACGGCGGGUCAACCCAUUGGUAUGAUUCUGGCAAAUACGCCUCAGCAAGCUUCUGCUGGUGCCCGUGCUGUCCUGGUCCAGUACGAAGAACUGCCGGCUAUCUAUACCAUCGAAGAGGCGAUAGAGAAGCAAAGCUUUUUCGCGCACUACCGGUACAUCCGCAGAGGUGAUGUCGACAAAGCGUUUCAAGAAUGCGACUAUGUCUUCGAGGGUACUGCCAGGAUGGGUGGGCAGGAGCACUUCUACCUCGAGACCAACGCUGCUCUCGCGAUUCCCAAGCCAGAGGAUGGUGAAAUGGAAGUCUGGAGCAGCACGCAAAAUCCGUCAGAAACGCAGGCCUAUAUCGCAAAAGCUCUGGGCGUGCAGUCCAACAAGAUCGUUUCCAAAGUCAAGCGUCUCGGUGGCGGCUUUGGCGGCAAAGAGACCCGAUCAAUCCAGCUCUCGACAAUCUGUGCUGUCGCAGCAAACAAAGUGAAGCGGCCAGUUAGAUGCAUGCUCAACCGUGACGAAGACAUCAUGACCUCUGGCCAGCGACACCCGUUCCUGGCCAUCUGGAAGGUCGGAGUCAACAAGGACGGCAAGAUCCGAGCUCUGAGAUGCAAUGUCUUCAACAACGGAGGAUGGUGUCAAGAUCUGUCGGCUGCGGUCGUGGACCGGGCCCUAUCACACAUCGAUGGGUGCUACAAUAUCCCCAACGUAGACGUCGACGGCCGGGUGUGCAAGACCAACACUGUCUCAAACACAGCCUUCCGUGGCUUUGGCGGCCCCCAAGGCAUGUUCAUCGCCGAAACGUACAUGGAGGAAAUAUCGGAUCAUCUCAAGAUCCCCGUCGACCGCCUCCGCGAAAUCAACUUCUACAAGGACGGCGAGCAGACACAUUUCAAGCAAGCCCUCGAGGACUGGCAUGUCCCGUUGAUGUACAAGCAAAUCAAGGAGGAAUCUGACUACAACGCGCGCCGCAAAGCCGUCGACGAGUUCAACGCCACGCACAAGUGGCAGAAGAAAGGCCUUGCCAUCAUCCCGACCAAAUUCGGCAUUUCUUUUACGGCACUAUUCCUCAAUCAAGCCGGCGCACUCGUGCACAUCUACCACGACGGUUCGGUGCUUGUCGCCCACGGCGGCACAGAAAUGGGUCAAGGUCUGCACACCAAGAUCUGCAUGAUCGUCGCCGAAGCGCUCCAAGUGCCUCUCACGGACGUACACAUUUCCGAAACGGCAACCAACACGGUCGCCAACUCAUCCAGCACGGCAGCGUCGGCCUCAUCCGAUCUCAACGGCUACGCCGCGUACAACGCAUGCAUGCAGAUCAAUGAGCGGCUGGCGCCGUACCGCGAGAAAUUCGGCCCAAAGGCCUCGAUGCACCAGCUCGCCACGGCAGCGUACUUUGACCGCGUCAACCUCUCGGCCAAUGGAUUCUACAAGACGCCCGAGAUCGGCUACAUCUGGGGUCCCAACCCCGAUGACCCGACAAAGGAGAACACGGGUAAAAUGUUCUUCUACUUCACGCAGGGCGUGACGGCGAGCGAAGUCCUGAUAGAUACGCUCACGGGCGACUGGACGUGCCUGCGCUCCGACAUCAAGAUGGACGUCGGCCGCAGCAUCAACCCGGCCAUCGACUACGGGCAGAUCGAGGGCGCGUACGUGCAGGGCCAAGGACUCUUCACCACGGAGGAGUCUCUCUGGCACCGCGCCAGUGGGCAGCUCUUCACGAGGGGUCCGGGCGCCUACAAGAUCCCCGGCUUCCGCGACAUUCCGCAGGUCAUGAACGUCUCGCUGCUCAAGGAUGUCGAGUGGAAGAAUCUGCGCACGAUCCAGCGGUCGCGCGGCGUCGGCGAGCCGCCGCUGUUCAUGGGCAGUGCGGUCUUCUUCGCCAUCAGGGAUGCCCUCAAGGCCGCGCGGAAGCAGUAUGGUGUGGAGGAGGUGCUGAGUCUGAGGAGCCCGGCCACGCCCGAGAGGAUCCGGAUCAGUUGUGCGGAUCCGAUUCUCAAGAGAUGCGCCGUAGAGCCGAGGGAAGGGGAAAAGAGUUUCUUCAUCUCGAUCUGA